UGGCUGUCAUUUUUAGUUAUUGAUAAACAAACAAUUCAAAAAUUUUAAAUAAAUUAAUAUUUACUGCUGUUAAUUAUGAAGUGAUUAAUUACAAGUUCAAUAAAAAUAACAUCUAUGCAAAAAAUUUGAAAUCAGGAGCUGCAAAUAACGACAGUCAACAUGUGGGACUCUGGAUUGUGUAAUGUGAUAAUUCCAACAGUAUCGACAAUGAUUAUUUACGUGUUGACUGUUAAUCUUGUGAGAUACUUGAUGAGGGACAAUCAUUUGUCAAUAAGAGAUGUCUCUAAGAAACAUAAUUGGACACCUAUUGUCAGCAGUAGUAAUAAGGCAUAUUACUGCAGUAUCUGCGAAUCUCUGUUACUUAACACGAAAAGCGUGCUGUGUGAUUCAUGUGGUGUGUGUGCCGAUACAGGAUGUAUAAAAGCUGCAGACAAACAAUUGGUCUGUAAAGCAAUAACUCAAUCUACCGAGAUUAUGAAACAUCACUGGAUUCACGGGAAUUUACCAGCGAUCGCGAUGUGCGAGGUGUGCGAUGAAGAGUGUGACCUAGAGCCUGGUCUAAUCGAUUGGUUCUGCUGCUGGUGUCAGAAAUGUGUUCACGAGGCCUGCAAGCCUAAGAUUGAUGAGAUAUGUGACUUUGGAAAGUUUAAAUUGAUGAUAAUACCGCCGGGAAGUUUGGAAGUUGUAAACAGACGUCGUACUGUACGUCGACGUCUCCAGCUACGAUCGAUUAUACCACCUGUAUGGAAUGAUUGGAAACCACUGAUAGUCGUUGCAAACAAAAAGUCUGGUAAUAAUGAUGGUGCAAUGGUCCUGUCAAUGUUCCGUCGAUUAUUAAAUCCAUCACAGGUCGUAGACCUUUCGGAACGUGACCCGGUGGCGGCUUUAGAGUGGUGUCGUUUGUUAGGCGACAAAUCGUGCAAUGUACUGGUCGCCGGAGGCGAUGGAACUGUCGCGUGGCUAUUAAAUUCUAUUCAUAAACUACGUUUGAAGCAAGAGCCGGCCGUAGCAAUUCUACCCCUAGGCACAGGCAACGAUUUGUCUCGCGUUCUAGGCUGGGGUAGCGAGUACGAUCCCAAUGUUGAGCCAACGAAAAUUUUACAAAGUAUACAAAGCGCACGACCGGUUAAACUUGACAGAUGGACAGUUACACUGCACUAUGACGGACGUAGUCUUGCUUUCAGAGGUUCACAGCACCGUAAAUUUAUGUAUAAUUAUAUGAGUGUUGGUGUUGAUGCACAAGUCGCUUUGAAUUUCCAUCGAACUAGAGAAAGUAGAUUUUAUCUAUUUAGCCAUAGGAUAUUUAAUAAGUUAUUGUACUUGUGCUUUGGAACACAACAAGUAGUUGAAAGGGAAUGCAAAGAUCUGGAUAAACGUAUUGAGGUAUAUUUAGACGGUAAACAAGUUGAUUUACCAUCAACGGAAAGUAUUGUUGUACUUAAUAUUCCAUGUUGGGGUGCGGGAGUUAAACUUUGGGAGUUAGGACUCCAAGGUAAUGAAGGUGUUGGUAUGCAAAGUAUUAAUGAUGGCAAGCUUGAGGUAUGCGCACUUUAUUCGUCAUUCCAUAUUGCUCAGUUACAAGUUGGUAUGUCACAACCACAUAGACUGGGUCAGGCCAAAACAGUCACGAUUCUUGUGCAGUACAAAUCGACGGUGAACCAUGGUCUCAGAGUCCAUGUGAAUUUAACAUUUCACACUGUAAUCAAGCGUCAAUGCUUAUAUCAACUCAUCGGUAAUUUAUUUAAUCUUAAGGUAAUUAACAACAUAUACAAUAUUAUUAUUAUUACUAUUAUUACUCUAUAUUUUUUAAAAAGAGGCUAAUGGAUGUUUAUAUCAUAAGAGAAAUAUAUCUAGUCCUAUAAGUAUUUACACGGAUGAGAGAUAAAUAAACAGUAUUGUCAUUUAAAAAAAAAUGUUUUAUUAUAAUUAUAAAAAAUGUUCGAGUUCGAAAUGUUUAUUUAUCGCUGUAUCCACCAAACAUCUCACAAACAUUCUGAUCGCACUAUCAGAUUUAUAUACUCAUCAUUCCUAUUUUUUAUUAAAAAACAAAUGUACUUAUUAAAAAAAGA